UUUUAUCUCGAGCGCGGGAGAAAACCUGAACCGUCAAUUUAGAAAUCAAAGUUUGUGAGAAGGAUUUGACGCCCGUGGCUUUCCGUAGCGCCACGCUUAGGGGGUGGGGAAGUGCAACGCAAAGGCAAAGAGGUCAAGAGGAGGGGAGGAGACAACCACGUGUGAUCCUCACCAUGUACAGCACUGUCCUUCCUCAGUAGACUUGUUUUUGUAAGCUUGUACCCUUCGCAUGUAGCCAGCUAGCCUGCGGUAGCCGGAGAAGCAGACCUCUUUAUUUUUUUUGUAUUUCGUCAACUGUCUCGCAUAUUCAAGCAAAGCUGCUGGGGGAUUUCUUUCUCCACACUGACUGCCGACCAUGGUGAGCAAGACAGAUGACAUCCCGGCGUCAGUGCCCGACUGUAAUCCGGUUGAUCUUGCGGAUGAAGCCGGUGAUGGAGCGCAGGACGGCAAAGAAACCAGCAAGACACGUCUGAAGGAUUCCUGCGGUUGUGGGCACAGUGCAGAUACAGCCAUGGUGAAUGGCAAUGGAGCUCACGAGCACAACGAGGAGGCAGAAUCGAAGCAGGAUGGGAACGGCGAGGCGGACGGAGCGGAGGAGUCUAAUGAGCAGGAAGUGAUAGUGAUCCAGGACACGGGCUUCACUGUGAAGAUCCAGGCACCAGGAACAGAGCCAUUUGACCUGCAGGUAUCUCCGCAGGAAAUGGUACAGGAAAUCCAUCAGGUGUUGAUGGACCGUGAGGACACGUGCCACCGCACCUGCUUUUCCCUGCAGCUGGAUGGAAACGUGCUGGACAACUUUGCUGAGCUCAAGUCCAUUGAGGGCCUGCAGGAGGGCUCGCUGCUCAAAGUGGUGGAAGAGCCCUACACGGUGCGUGAAGCCCGCAUCCACGUGCGUCACAUCAGAGACCUGCUGAAAAGUCUGGACCCCUCAGACGCCUACAAUGGAGUGGACUGCAACUCGCUGUCUUUCCUCAGCAUCUUCACAGAUGGCGACCUCGGAGACAGUGGGAAGCGCAAGAAGAAGGGCAGCGAGCUGGAGCAGAUCGACUGCACCCCCCCAGAGCACAUCCUGCCCAGCAGCAAAGAGCGUCCUCUGGUGCCCCUCCAGCCACAGAACAAGGACUGGAAGCCUAUGCAGUGCCUGAAGGUCCUGACCAUGAGCGGCUGGAACCCGCCACCUGGAAACAGGAAGAUGCACGGUGACCUCAUGUACCUGUACAUUGUGACUGUGGAGGAGCGCCAUGUCAGCGUCACUGCCUCUACACGCGGCUUCUACCUCAACCAAUCUACUACUUACACCUUCAACCCCAAACCAGCCAAUCCCAGUUUCUUGAGCCAUUCUCUGGUGGAGCUGCUGAGCCAGAUCAGCCCCGCCUUCAAGAAGAACUUCACUGCCCUGCAAAAGAAAAGAGUCCAGAGACACCCGUUUGAGAGGAUAGCUACUCCUUUCCAAGUGUACAGCUGGACGGCUCCACAGGUAGACCACGCCAUGGACUGUGUUCGAGCUGAGGACGCCUACACUUCUCGUCUGGGUUAUGAGGAGCACAUACCCGGACAGACCAGAGAUUGGAAUGAGGAGCUGCAGACCACCAGAGAGCUGCCAAGAAAGAACCUUCCUGAGCGGCUGCUGAGAGAGAGGGCCAUAUUCAAGGUCCACAGCGACUUUGCAGCAGCUGCCACUCGAGGCGCCAUGGCAGUGAUCGAUGGCAACGUGAUGGCCAUCAACCCCGGCGAGGAAACGCGCAUGCAGAUGUUCAUCUGGAACAACAUCUUCUUCAGUCUGGGCUUUGACGUGCGGGACCACUACCGCGAGCUGGGCGGGGACGCGGCCGCUCACGCCGCGCCCACCAAUGACUUGAACGGAGUACGAGCUUACGGGGCCGUGGAUGUGGAGGGUCUCUACACCCUGGGGACGGUGGUGGUGGACUACAGAGGCUACCGCGUCACGGCCCAGUCCAUCAUCCCCGGCAUCCUGGAGCGAGAGCAGGAGCAGAGCGUCAUCUACGGCUCCAUUGACUUUGGAAAGACAGUUGUGUCUCACAGCAAAUAUAUGGAGCUGUUGGAUAAGACCAGCAGGCCUCUGAAGGUCCAGCGUCACAACGUGCUGAACGAGAAGAAUGAGACGGUCGAGCUGUGCUCCUCCGUCGAAUGUAAGGGCAUCAUCGGGAAUGAUGGCCGACACUAUAUUCUGGACCUCCUUCGCACCUUCCCUCCUGACCUCAACUUCCUGCCCGUGGACGGCGAGGAGCUGUCUCCAGAGAGCCAGCGCCAAGGCUUCCCCCGUCAGCAUCGCCAUCGCCUGGCUUGUCUACGCCAGGAGCUCAUCGAAGCCUUUGUUGAGCACAGAUAUCUUCUCUUCAUGAAGAUGGCGGCGCUGCAGCUCAUGCAGCAGAAAGCAAACAAGGACUCCAACAAGGGCGAUGCACCUGCCAUCACAGAAGCGUCCACAGAAACGAGCGAUGCCGCCCAGACACAGACCACAGCCACAGAUUCUUCCGGUGCAACGGACGUCCCCACAGAUGGUACAAGCCAGACAGAGAACGCCGCCGCCGCCGCCGCUGCCGCUGCCGCCGCUGCCGCCGCUGCCGCUGCCGCUGCCGCCGCUGCCGCUGCUUCACAGGCAGCAACUGACGGUGAAGAAAACUCCUCAAAACCCGCCACAAACGGGCCCCUAGACCCCGCGGCCGUACCGAACGGGGAAUGCAAGAGCCCACUGGAGGGUAAGGAGCUUGACGAAAGUAUUCCAGGAUUAGCUCAGGCCAAAGAGCUGGCGGAGACCUUAGUUGCCGAAGACGGAUCUGGUAUUGAUCCCAAAAGCCGCGAGGUGGUCCUGAAUGCCUGCAAGGCGGUCGGCUCCAUCAGCAACACGUCCUUCGAUAUUCGCUUCAACCCAGACAUCUUCUCUCCAGGAGUCCGUUUCCCAGACGACAGCGCGGAUGACGUCCAGAAGCAGAAGCAGCUCCUCAAAGACGCCGCUGCCUUCCUGGUGUCCUGUCAGAUCCCUUCUCUGGUUAAGGACUGUUUGGACCACAGCGCUCUGCCAAUGGACGGAGCCACGCUAACGGAGGCCUUGCACCAGAGAGGCAUCAAUGUUCGCUAUCUGGGGACUGUUCUGGAGUUUGUGGACAAGACUCCCGCCAAAGCCCAGCUGGAGCACUUCUAUAGAAUAGGAAUCAGUGAGCUGAUAACCAGAUGUGCAAAACAUAUCUUCAAGACAUACCUUCAGGGUGUGGAGCUGUCUGCCCUAUCUGCCGCCGUGAGCCAUUUCCUGAACUGCUUCCUGAGCUCCUUCCCCGACGCCGUCGCCCACCUGCCUCCCGACGAGCUGGUGUCACGCCGCAAGAACCGCAAGCGUCGCAACAGAGUCCCCGGUGGCGGUGACAACACGGCGUGGGCCAGCCUGACGCCAAGCGAGUUGUGGAAGAACAUUGCCUCCGAGGCCCAGAGCUACUAUCACUUCACCAUACAGUGUGAAAGUGUCGACCAGGUGGUGGAGAAAUACAACCUUCACAAAAUAAAUCUUCUCCGAGAAAUUUCAGUCAAAACUGGCAUCCAGAUCCUGAUAAAGGAGUACAACUUCGACAGCCGCCACAAGCCUGCCUUCACGGAGGAGGACAUCCUGAACAUUUUCCCCGUGGUGAAGCACGUCAACCCCAAAGCCUCAGACGCAUUCCACUUCUUCCAGAGUGGACAGGCCAAAGUUCAGCAAGGUUUUCUGAAGGAGGGCUGUGAGCUCAUCAACGAGGCUCUUAACCUCUUCAACAAUGUGUACGGAGCCAUGCACGUAGAGAUCUGCGCCUGCCUGCGUCUGCUGGCGCGCCUUAACUACAUCAUGGGAGAUCAUCCUGAGGCUCUCAGCAACCAGCAAAAGGCUGUUCUGAUGAGUGAACGCGUCCUCGGCAUCGAGCACCCCAACACAAUUCAAGAAUAUAUGCACUUGGCUCUGUACUGCUUUGCUAACGGCCAACUGUCCACCGCCCUGAAGCUGCUUUAUCGCGCUCGUUACCUCAUGUUGCUGGUUUGUGGGGAGGACCACCCAGAGAUGGCUCUACUAGACAGCAACAUCGGGCUGGUGCUGCACGGAGUGAUGGAGUAUGAUUUAUCUCUGAGAUUCCUGGAGAACGCCUUGACCAUCAACACAAAGUAUCACGGGGCUCGGUCCCUCAAAGUGGCCCUCAGCCAUCAUUUGGUUGCGAGGGUUUACGAGAGCAAGGCCGAGUUCCGCUCUGCUCUGCAGCACGAGAAGGAGGGUUACACCAUUUACAAGAACCAGAUGGGCGAGGCACACGAGAAAACCAAGGAGAGCUCGGAGUAUCUGAAGUAUCUCACCCAGCAGGCUGUAGCUCUGCAGAGGACCAUGAACGAGAUCUACAAGAACGGCUCCAGCGCCAGCAUCACGCCCCUCAAGUUCACUGCCCCCAACAUGGCCAGCGUCCUGGAACAGCUCAACAUCAUCAACGGCAUCAUCUUUAUACCUCUCAGCCAAAAGGAUCUGGAGAACCUGAAGGCAGAGGUGCAGAGGCGGCAGCAGUUGCAGGAGCUGGGAAAGAGCGAGGAGCCCAUUGAGUACAGCCCACUGGAACUAGAAGACAAAAUUCCAAUCGAUUAGCACCCGACAGCUCUCAGCACAGCUACUUUCUGCUAUUUGGGGGGGAAGAGCGGCUGUGACGCAACAGCCGCUCACCGAGCCUGUGGACCCGAGAACCGAGCAGUGUAAAACAGCAUUGAAAUAAACAGGGGGAGGGUGGGGUAAGGGGCAGUCCAGACAAAAAACUCUAUGAACUGUAGGACAAAGGAAGACCGAGCAGGAGUUUCCUACAAGGUAGGAAGGGAGGGAGGAGACAGUACAAACGACAUAGAAUCAAUGUAACGUGCAAUCUGAGAAAUCCCCAGCCCGAGAACCUGGUGAUGAACUCACUGAAGGUGUUAGCUGCUUAGAAAUAGGAUUAUAUUUGAAAGAGUGGUUGCAGCCUGGGGAAGGGAGACCAAGAAUGACCAUGACAUUGUAUACCAGAGCCUUAUCCACCGAACCAUGUCCCCACAUCCAGCUUCUUCUCAGCCCCCUUCAGACUUCCCACAGCACCGUUAGUCCAGGACCACACUUUCCCCUGCCGUUGCCUAAAGAGCCUUGAAGACCCCCGGGCAUGUAGCCGCCCCCGUAAAACGGUGCUCGAGAUGAUACGGCACUUACCCUGUCCUAGAACUCAGGGCUGCUUUCUACUGUGCACUAAAACCAGAAUACAGUCACCGAAUUAGAGAUUCGUCGAGCGGGGCCCUCAGAUCGUAAAUUCCCCCCUUUUUCAGUGGCGUCUUUGAGCCACUUUGCAGCAGUCGCACACUUUGAUCCCAGAUGGUUUAAUUCACUUAAUUGUUUAUCAUUUGUACUUGUGACAUCCCAGGUGGGUGCCUGCUGUGUCCUAUGGUUUCUGUUUCUCCAAACAAGCAAAACAACACAGUGAGCUUUCAACCGUUGGUUAAACUUCAUUUGCUGUUUUUUUUUUUCUCUUUUCAUUUUUUUUUUUUUUUUUAGUAAAUAAUGUUUUGUAAAAGUGCACAGGAGAAUUACCAAGGUAUUUUAUGCCUCUUGAUCAUCAGUUAAUUUAAGCCAUGUCUGUUUUAUAGAAAAUGUAUAGAAGCGGGGGGAGAAAAAAAGAUGUAUAAAUCUCUAUUGGGUUUAGACAGGUAUCUGAUUAAUGUUAAUGGAAAUGCAGAUUUGAAAAACGUCCAUACUACGCAGUAGGUUUAUCAAACUAUAUACUAGCUGUGUUCAAUCUUCUAUUUUUACACACUGAAAGAAAAUAAGUGCAUGUGUGUUUGUAUGUUUGUUUGACUGUAGUGUGUGUGUGUGUGUGUGUGUGUGUCUUUAUAGUGUAGUCUGAUGGAAAACCUAUUGGCCGAGGCUGCUGCUGCUGCUGCUGCUGCUGCUGCUGCUGCAUAGAUUUAAAUAGAGGCUAAGAGAAACAUCAGCUUUCCAAAUGUUUUUUUUUCUUUUUUUGCGUUAUUAUUAUUUCUACACACACUAAAUGUGUUAAACAUCUGAAGCCUCUUUUCAGAAAACAUUCAUGGCCACCAGUGUUGUAAAUCUGCUUUAUAAAUGAAGUGAAAAUGAACCUCAACAUUGGCAAGUAGUGACCCGGUUCGUUGUAGCUGGGUGUUUGUUUGUUUUUUUCCCCCCCUCUUCUGUUUUGUUUCCCUAUCAUUGACUUCCGUAAUUUUUUCAUAUGUAACUUGCGAUAUAAACCAGCCAGGAGCGAGCAGUGGUAGUGCACUUUCUCGUGCUGUUUGUUAACACAUUUGCAGCACCACCAAAAGUGGACAAAAGAAGGGCUGCUUCAAUGUGAUGUACCAAAAAAAACAAAACAAAAAACAAGACUGACAAAAGGUUUGUUUGCGCUUGUAUACAUGCAAUGUAUCCCUCCCAUGGCAAUUUGUUACCUAAUUGUUGCCGUGUGUAAGAUGUAUGUGAUUAAAGCAAUAGAGCGAUGGUGCUGGAGAUGAUUGUUUCCCGAACAAUGCAGUUUUUAUGGACUACUUACUGUAUUGGCUGAGUUACCUGAACGUGUGGGAGCUGUAUGCAAAAAAAUAAAAGGCUAGCUCGUCAGACGGGGAGGUGAGGUUACUACAGCGAUACUCCUAAAACAUGAGAAGAGUGUGGUGUGCGUAUGAUGUGCCUAUUAUUUAUGCUUCUGAAUGGAACCAUGGUGAUAAUAGGUAAACAAAUUUAUAAAGGUGAAUUAUACCUCCCUAUGUUUUCUGGGUGUCUUGUAUGAUUACUUUUUUUUUCGUAAUUGAUUUUGUUUGUUUACUUUUUUUGUUUCCUCCUGCUCCCCCAAAAGUUCCUCUGCGGUAAUACCGUGUGUGUCCAUAAGGGGUCACUCUAACAUUUGUCUCAUUGUGAACCUAUAUGACAGGAGAGAUGGCGGUGCAGGUGCACAAAUGCACACCUAUGCUUAACCUGAUGAAAAGAAAAUUAGGGAAAUUUAAUGUUUAGCAUUUUAAUGGGCAAACUGUACAAAUCUAGUAAGUUUGUUCUUUGAAUAUCUCAAUAGUUUAUGGAAAUAAUAUCUUAAAAGGCGUUGAAACUGUCUACAGUGCUUCCAAUUAGUUCAGUUUAGGAUAACGUUUAUUUCUUGAAUAGUUGUCAAACGUUCAUGAGAGGUUACUUUAUCAGAUGCUAAACGACAAACGAUAUAAUGCAUAACUUUAAAGUGUAUUCCUUCACACCUAAUUUGCAGAUGUACCAUUUGGAGUUACGCUGCAAGCUGAAUGUCUGAAACUGACAAAAAUCAGUUGUGGAGCAUGAAUGUUUACCGACACAAACGCAAAGAUCAAACGCUCAUUUCAUUUUCAGAUAUGGAUUACAUGCAAAGUUACUUAUAAAGUUAGCUCAAAAACUAUUUUAUAAAAUGUUGUGAGAAGGAAAAUAAGUCUAAUAUCUGUCCCCAAAUAAUAUGCGUUUCACUGCUUCAGGUUAUACCGCAUCAUUAUUGUCUCGUGUGUGAUGCCCAAAGCGAUGAUUGUCUGAGGGUUUUGUGUUUUCUCACUGAUGAAAUCUCUUCUGCACAAAGGCUUCUUAUGCCCAGUGUUUUGAGUCUGCUUCCCCCUGAUGGUGUGUGGUAUUUGUGUGUUGCUCUUUACAAAAUAAUCUAAUUAUUUUUGGUCUGACUAUGCUUUUAUAUUAAAAAAAAUGAAUAAAAAGUAGCAAAACA